AGAGUGGAAAGCAAACAAGCCCAGCGGAGCGGAGGCCGAACCUUCACCAAACCCCAGCCCCGACCGCCCACCUCGCCGUCGCCGGCGAUCGGCUGCCGCCCCCGCCGCCGCGCUAAUCCCUGCCUUAUCCGUACCUCCAACCCGCGGCGCUGGGGCUCUGAUGCGUCCCGCCCCAUGGCAUCCCACAUUCCCCUUCCCUGCCACCGGCGUCCUCCCCCUCCUCCUCCUCGGCCUCUUCGCCGUCGCAUCCGGGGGGACGGGCCCUAGCCCAGGGGCUUUCAAUCGGGGGGAGGCGGGCGGCGCGGAGGCGUACUCGAUCCUCACGUUCCACGACUACACGCCGCCCCCGCCCCCCGCGUUGCCGCCGCCGCCGGCCGCCCCGGCGGCGACCUGCGCCGGGGACCUCCGCGGCGUGGGCGACCUCGACACCCAGUGCGUGGUCCAGAAGUCGGUGAGGCUGGGCGGCGGGGUGUACAUCAGCGGCAACGGCAGCCUCGUAAUCCUCGGCGGCGUUGCGGUCACCUGCGAGAGGCCCGGGUGCGUCCUCUCCGCCAACCUCUCAGGCGGCAUCCUCCUCGGGCACAGGGCCCGUGUUGUGGCCGGGUGGGUUUCCCUUGCGGCGGCCAACAUCACGCUCGGCGUCGACGCCGUCGUCAACACCACCGCCCUCGCCGGCGACCCGCCGGACCAGACCAGCGGAGUGCCCACCGGGACGUAUGGGGAUGGCGGUGGACACGGCGGCCGUGGCGCCAGCUGCUUCGUUAAGAAGGGGCAGGCGCAGGAGGACUCAUGGGGUGGUGAUACCUACGCGUGGUCUGCACUGAAGACCCCAAAUAGCUACGGCAGCAAAGGGGGAUCGACUACUGUCGAGAAGGACUAUGGUGGUGGAGGUGGUGGUGUAGUGUGGUUGUUCGCUAAAGAAAUUGUGUUGAAUGGAACAGUUCUUGCUGAUGGUGGAAAUGGUGGCACCAAGGGUGGGGGUGGCUCUGGGGGCAGCAUCUAUCUGAAGGCCGCAACAAUGCGAGGGGGUGGCAAAAUAAGUGCUUGUGGAGGCAAUGGUUUGGCUGGCGGAGGUGGAGGACGUGUUUCCAUCGAUGUUUUCAGCAGGCAUGAUGAUGCCCAAAUCUUUGUUCAUGGGGGAAAGAGUUCAGGAUGCUUGGACAAUGCAGGAGCAGCUGGAACUCUUUAUGAAGAAGUGCCUAAGAGUAUUACUGUUAGCAAUGAUAACUUGAGCACACAAACUGAUACAGUUUUUCUAGAUCCCCCAUAUGAGCCACUCUGGACAAAUGUUCUUAUAAAAAAUCAUGCCAAAGUUUCUCUUCCCUUACGCUGGAGUCGUAUUCAGGCUCAAGGACAGAUUCUUUUAGCUGGUGCUACUCUAACUUUUGGCCUGACACAUUAUCCGUAUUCAGAAUUUGAGCUGUUGGCUGAGGAACUUCUUAUGAGUGAUUCCACAAUCAAGGUCUUUGGUGCUUUACGAAUGUCAGUAAAAAUGCUCCUUAUGUGGAACUCGAGAAUGACUAUUGAUGGUGACAGAGAAUCAGGAGUAGCAACUUCACUACUAGAAGGUAGCAAUUUGAUAGUCCUGAAGGAAUCAUCUGUGAUACAUUCAAAUGCUAAUCUUGGGAUUCAUGGUCAAGGCGUUCUAAAUUUAUCUGGUCAAGGAGAUACAAUAGAGGCACAACGCCUUAUAUUAUCACUGUUUUACAACAUAGUGGUUGGACCUGGAGCUGUUCUAAGGGGCCCUCUUAUAAAUGGAAGUAUUGGCGAGAUGGCACCAAAGCUGAACUGUGAAGAUGAGAGUUGCCCUAUGGAAAUUUUUCAUCCACCUGAGGAUUGCAACUUGAACUCUUCAUUGUCUUUUACUUUACAGAUAUGCCGCGUUGAAGAUAUUGAUGUUUCCGGCCUUGUGCAAGGAACUGUUAUUAAUUUUAACAGAGCAAGAAGUGUCACUGUGCAGACAUCUGGGACCAUAAGUGCAACAGGAUUAGGCUGCCAGGGUGGAAUUGGACAAGGGAAAAUGUUAAGCAGUGGGAUUAGUGGUGGGGGUGGGCAUGGUGGUAAAGGCGGUGAUGGCAUUUACAGUGGUGAUCAUGCAGAGGGUGGACCUGCAUAUGGUCAUGCUGAUUUACCUUGUGAACUUGGCAGCGGCAGCGGCAAUGUCAGUGCAUCUUCAACGGCUGGUGGUGGUAUAAUAGUGAUGGGUUCUCUGGAGCAAUCUCUGCCAAACCUCUCCCUUUCUGGCUCAAUUGAGGCAAAUGGUGGUAGUUUUACUGGCUUGGCAUCUCAUGCCACAAUUGGAGGACCUGGUGGUGGUUCUGGUGGUACAAUUCUUCUUUUUGUGCGGACUUUACUCCUAAAGGAGGACUCUGUACUCUCAAGUGUCGGUGGGAUUGGAAACAAUGGCAGUGGUGGAGGUGGAGGGGGUCGGAUUCACUUUCACUGGUCCGAUAUUCCCACUGGAGAUGAUUAUGUUCCUUUUGCAACUGUUAAGGGAACAAUACUUACAAGAGGAGGAGUCAGUGAAGGCCAUGGUUUUCCUGGUGAGAAUGGAACAGUCACAGGAAAGGAUUGCCCAAAAGGUCUUUAUGGAACAUUUUGCAAGGAAUGUCCUUCAGGAACAUACAAGAAUAUUACUGGAUCAUCUAAGUCCUUGUGCUCACCAUGCCCUCCAAAUGAGCUACCUCGCCGUGCUGUAUACAUAAGCGUCCGAGGAGGUGUUGCUGAAACCCCAUGCCCAUACAAAUGUGUGUCUGAUAGAUAUCGCAUGCCUCACUGUUUUACUGCUCUUGAAGAGCUGAUAUAUACGUUUGGUGGACCUUGGUUGUUUGGCCUGCUUCUUUCUGGCCUUCUUGUCUUAUUAGCUCUUGUUUUGAGUAUUGCUCGGAUGAAGUUUGUUGGUACUGAUGAGUUGCCUGGGCCAGCACCGACUCAGCACAGUUCCCAAAUUGAUCACUCUUUUCCCUUCCUUGAAUCACUGAACGAGGUAUUGGAAACAAACAGGGCAGAAGAAUCUCACUGUCAUGUGCACAGGAUGUAUUUCAUGGGCCCAAACACCUUCAGUGAGCCUUGGCAUCUCCCACACACCCCACCAGAGCAAAUUUCAGAGAUUGUGUAUGAGGAUGCAUUUAACAAAUUUGUUGAUGAGAUAAAUGCUCUUGCAGCCUAUCAAUGGUGGGAGGGUUCAGUUUAUAGUAUUCUCUGUAUACUUUCAUAUCCCCUGGCAUGGUCCUGGCAACAGUGGCGCAGGAGAAAGAAAUUACAGAAACUAUGUGAAUUUGUUCGAUCCGAAUAUGAUCAUUCAUGCUUACGGUCCUGCCGUUCACGUGCACUUUAUGAAGGGCUGAAGGUAGCUGCUACUCCAGAUUUAAUGCUGGGUUAUUUAGAUUUCUUCCUUGGUGGCGAUGAGAAAAGGACUGAUCUUCCCCCUCGACUUCAUCAAAGGUUUCCAAUGUCCCUCAUCUUUGGAGGUGAUGGAAGUUAUAUGGCUCCAUUUUCACUUCAUAGUGACAGAGUGGUUACAAGUCUUAUAAGUCAGGCUGUACCAUCGUCAAUAUGGCAUCGUCUUGUAGCUGGAUUGAAUGCCCAGUUGCGUUUGGUUCGUCGUGGAAAUCUAAACACAACAUUUCUUCCUGUGCUCAAAUGGCUUGAAACUCACGCAAAUCCUGCAUUGAACACGUACCAUGUGCGUGUUGACCUUGCAUGGUUCCAAACUACAGCAUUAGGUUACUGUCAGUUUGGUCUUGUUCUUCAUGCUGUGGGGGGACCGGUGGCUGCUGAACUUCAAGGUGACUCUGUAAUUAUAACCGAGCAGCAUUCAGUAAACCAGAAUACAUAUGCUGAUUCUCAGUUGAGCCACUCAAGGAUCAACGAUGCUCUUUUGUGUAAAAGGAUAACUGGCACCGUUCUCAAUGUUGAAAACUUAAAGAUGCUCAAAGACAGGAGAGAUUUGUUUUACCCUCUCUCUCUUAUCUUGCACAAUACAAAACCAGUUGGACAUCAGGACCUCGUUGGCCUAGUCAUCUCAAUAUUGCUUCUUGCAGAUUUCAGCUUAGUCUUGCUUACUUUCCUCCAACUAUAUUCAUAUUCCAUGGUCGAUGUUUUAUUAGUCUUGUUCAUUCUUCCUCUUGGGAUACUGGCACCGUUUCCCGCUGGGAUAAAUGCUCUUUUUAGUCAUGGACCGCGGCGGUCAGCUGGCCUUGCUCGUGUGUAUGCCUUAUGGAAUAUUACAUCACUGGUCAAUGUUGCUGUGGCUUUUGUAUGUGGUUUUCUGCAUUAUAAGUCAUCAAACAAGAAACAUUCAAGCAUGCAGCCAUGGAAUUUGGGCGGGGAUGAAACCAGCUGGUGGCUAUUCCCAACAGGACUUGUGCUAUGCAAAUGCAUUCAAGCAAGGCUUGUUGAUUGGCAUGUAUCAAUCUUAGAGAUCCAGGACCGCGCAGUUUAUAGCAAUGACCCAACAAUAUUUUGGCAGUGACAGCAUUUUGGAUCACAGGAGUGCUCAUGAUGGGAGCUUUACACAACUCAAGUUUUUUGGGAGUUGAUGAAAAGAAGACUAGGAAGAGUCCGUUCUUUGUCGGCCAGUCAGGGGAAGCAUGUACAAAGUAGAAUGCUUACAGAUGCCUGCCUAUAGACUUAUAGUGCAUCGUUGACCUUUUGUCCAGUUACUCACCCAUCUUUAUUUUCCUUGUACAUAGGAAAAGGGUUUAGUUGAUCCAUUCAUUGUAGGAUUUAGGAUUUAGAUACCAUAGAAUUAUAAUUUUACCUAAGCUAAUUUCAAUAGAUAGUGGGAAAUAUCUUUCUUUUUUUGGUUGAAA